AUGGCUGCCACCCGCCGCUGCCUCUCCCUGCUGCUCCUGUCCGCCUGCAUGGCCCUGCUGCUGCGGCCACUGCUGGGUGCCCAGGGAGCCCCGCUGGAGCCCGUGUACCCCGGGGAAAAUGCCACGCCGGAGCAGAUGGCCCAGUAUGCGGCUGAGCUCCGCAGAUAUAUCAACAUGCUGACCAGGCCUAGGUAUGGGAAACGAGACAAAGAGGACACGCUGGGCUUCCUGGAGUGGGGAGACCCCCAUGCAGCUGCUUCCAGGGAGCUCAGCCCGAUGGUCUUAUAG